AUGCCACUCGUCGUACCCGGCCUACAAACCAAAGACCCCGCGUCCUCUGCGCAGAGCGCUGGAGGGGAGAAUAAUAAGGAAGAGUGGAUGAGCAAGCUCAUGGGGAAGAAGUUGGGGGAUGUGCAUGAUGAGGUCACGUUCGCGAAGCAAGAUCUACCACAACGGCACCGCAUAGUGCCCCCGAAUAGCUUUCAGACGACGGAUUUCGUGCCCGAGAGGCUGAAUGUGCAUGUCGAUGAGGACGGGACGGUGAGGGGGGUGAAAUUUGGUUGA